GCCCAGAUCAUGUGACCAGAAAAUGGUGGAAGCUGUGAGCUGUUUGUAAGCUGAGCAUCUCUACCAAGAAGCUGAGAGCAAGAAUCAGGCAGGACAAGUCCCUCCAUGGUCUGAGAGGCAGGAGGACAGAGAAUCCUGUGCUCCAGCAGAGGUCCUCCUGAUGAGGGGAUGGACUCUGUAUUUGAGAGUAAGAUGAACUCUGAGGGAGUUGAAGGCAGACCAGCCCCUCCUACCUCUCUACCCCUGCAAGGAGGCCCGUCCCAAAGGAAAAAGCUGUCUGCUCCCCGUAUCAGCCUGUCACUGGACCACAGCGAGGAUGACUUGGGGGAGACGCCCGAUGACCUUGACAUUAAUGUGGAUGACCUUGACACUCCAGAUGAGGCGGAUUGCUUCGACAUCACAGACCAUGAAAUGGAUUGGGGAGAUCCCACUGCCGCCAAUAGGAGCGUGACAAGUGAACCGUACAAUAUGAUCCCAACAUAUACCGCUCAGGAGGAGCGGCAGGACUGCAAAUUAUGGAGAUCAGUCAUCAUUGGGGAACAGGAGCACCGCAUCGACAUGAAGCUGAUUGAACCCUACCAGAGAGUCAUCUCCCAUGGAGGCUACUAUGGUAACGGAGUUAAUGCCAUUAUAGUGUUCGCCGCCUGUUUCCUGCCAGACAGUCACAGAGAUGACUAUCAUGAAAUCAUGGAGAACCUUUUCCUCUAUGUGAUCAGCACGCUGGAGCUGAUGGUAGCAGAGGACUACACGAUUGUGUACCUGAAUGGAGCCACACCCCACAGAAGAAUGCCAGGCCUCGGUUGGCUGAAAAAAUGCUACCAGAUGAUUGACAGAAGGCUCAGGAAGAAUUUGAAGUCUUUCAUUAUUCUCCAUCCAUCGUGGUUUAUUCGGACCAUCCUGGCUAUUACCAAGCCCUUCAUCAGUGCCAAGUUCAGCAGUAAGAUAAAGUACGUGAACAGUUUGGAUGAGCUACAGGAACUUAUCCCAAUGGAAUGUAUCCAGAUCCCAGAGUGCAUCAUUAGACUCGACAAGGAACUGAAGGAAGCAGCGGAGAACUCGAGAGUGAACAGUUUUCUGCAGGGACCAGAGCCAACAGCAGCCCGAACAGAACCAGACAAAGCCAGUGCCAGCAGCUCUUAAACCCAAACUGACUAAAUGGAUGGGGCACCUCAAAAGUCUGGAAAGCAAAAGCAAACGGCUUCAUCAGCUCAUAUGUCUAUGUGUUGUGUUUGUCAAUUAGAGGAAGGAAAAAAAACUUAAUACGUUCUAACUCUCCAGCGCUCGAUCUCGUAGCUGCUGCCGCAGCAUCCACGGGAUGUGGGAACCUUACACGUGCAAGCCGGGCCCGUGAAGCUUGGCAGCACUUACAGUGUAGCAUCAUUGUUCACAGUAGGGUAGGAAAUGCAAUCGCACACAUAGUGUUGUAGCUGCUGUGUGCAUGAGAAGCAGUGAAGCAAUAACACCCUUUGCUGGUCACGGAGUAUUUCACGUGAAAAGGCUGCUUAUGUGUCUGCAAUAAAAGCAUAGUGUGGACAAUAUGAAGCCUUGUGCCACAGAUGGUGCGCAUUGCAGCAAACCGAGUCCUCCCUUUUGUUCAGAAAAUGCAAACACAACAAUUAUUUAUUUAGAAAUGGAUAUUUUUUACUUCAUUAAAUUAAUCUGAAGAAAGGAAGAUAAAUACGAAACUAGAAGGGCACCAUGACAAUGCAUAGCUCUGCCAAGGACAAACAAUCCUGGAUUUUGCGCAUUGGGUUGAACAGCAUUAUUGCAUACCCCCCCCCCCCCCCCCAACACACACACACACACACUUAUGUAAAUAGGGAAAGUUAAAUAACACCCCCUCCCCCAUUACGAAUGCAUUUUUGACUGCAACAAAUCUAUAUCCUUGCAAAUUGAUGAAACGUGAAAACUGUCUCACUGGUUAAAAGAGAAUGAAAUGUCCAUCACAGAUGAUGGACAUUACCACAGCAGCCAAGUAAAUAUUAGUAUCUAGUGAAUCAGCUUUUAGGUUAAGACGGCCUUGACCUUUGACCUUCUGAACCUAAAGUCAAAAGGUUUCUGGGAGUCAGGCUACGUAAUAUCCAUACAAUGUGUGCUAACAUUCAGCUAUGUACACAAGAAAUCAAGAAAUUUGCAGUUAAACAAAAUUAUUUCAGUCAUCUUGACUUUUGACUUCCGAAUCAAUAGGGUUAUUGGAAUCAAGUUGCCUAAUGUACAUAACAAGUUUGGUAACAACCAUGUAUGUACAGUAGAAGUUAUCUCAUAAACAACCAAAUUGUACUUAAAAAAAAAAC